UUUUUUUAUAAGCGUUGGUGCUGGCUUUCAUGAGUAGCCUGUUUAAAACCCAUCCCGUUCCCUGCGUGCUGACGUCACUUACAGAAACUCUCGCGCGUGUGGCCUGCAGUUCGGACAGCGGUCAGAUCAUCUGAUCAUCAAACACCAGAAACUCUCACCAUGGGAAACUGUCAACCAACCGUUUUUCCUUAUGACGACUUUGAUGUAGUUGCUGACAUAAAGGCCAUCCGCAAAGCCUGCAAAGGUUUAGGAACUGAUGAGAAAGCCAUCAUAGACAUCCUAGCCAAUCGAAGUGCAUAUCAGAGACUGGAGAUCAAGCAAGCAUACUUUGACAAAUAUGAUGAUGAACUGGUGGAGGUUUUGAAGAGUGAGCUGACUGGUAAUUUUGAGAAUGCCAUUCUUGCCAUGCUGGACCCUCCUCACGUGUUUGCAGUUAAAGAGCUCAGGAAGGCCAUGAAGGGCGCUGGCACAGACGAGGAUGUCCUGGUGGAGAUUCUGUGCACUUCUACCAAUGCUGACAUUGCCACUUACAAAGAAACCUACGCCCAUGUGCAUGACAGGUAUUUGGAGGCAGACAUUGAAGCAGACACCAGUGGGGAUGUUAGGAGACUGCUAACAUUGCUUCUCGAGGGCAACAGAGACGAGAGCUACGAGGUGGACGAAGUACUGGCAGAGCAAGAUGCCGUCUCUCUGUUUGAAGCUGGAGAGGGCUGCUUUGGCACAGAUGAGUCAACUUUCAGCUUCAUUCUGGCCACCAGGAACUACUUACAACUGCAGGUCACAUUCAAAGCUUAUGAAGCCAUUUCUGGAACAGAGAUUUUGGAUGCAAUUGAUAAGGAAACCUCUGGAACUCUGAAGGACUGCUACACUGCACUCGUGAGGUGUGCUAAGAACCCUCAGCUAUACUUUGCCCGGAAGCUGAAUGCCGCAAUGAAAGGUGCCGGAACUGAUGAAGACACUCUCAUCCGCAUCAUUGUGUGUCGCUCUGAGAUUGAUCUGGAGACCAUUAAAGACAUGUACCUGGAGAAAUAUGAUGUGUCUCUAAAAGAAGCCAUCAGUUCGGAAUGCGGCGGAGAUUUCAAGCGCCUCCUGCUGGCCAUCCUUCACUAAGAGAAACACAAUCCGAGUGCUUACCAUGGACCAAGGAGGUUUUGAUUAUAGUCACAAUCAAGGCAAACUAACAUGACUUAUUUUCUGUCCUGUUGUCUAUAAAAAAUUUUUUUAUAAACCUUAGUUUAAAGCGGCAAAUCAGUAGCGCAACCUUCAAGUACAAUAUGUUUAAUAUGAAUGUUUUAUUACACUGUGCAAAUAUGUAUUUCGUACAUAUUAUGAAGAUGCAUAGCACCACUCAAAAGUCUCAUGAACAGCUGUUCACACAAACAGAAACAUGCAUUUGUGUCCAGUUUCUGUGACAUUUCUUGUUUUUGAGGCAUAAUUGGCCAGUUGAAUUUGUUUAAGUGGAGUCUUGUGGUUUCCAGGAUUAUAAGAUAACAUAAUGUAACGAUGAUGAUUAGAAGUCGAGAAGUUAGAGUUACAUAAAUAUUACAAAACCAGCAUUAAAAUUUUCUGUUGUGAUACGCCAGUAUUUUUCCAAACUAAAACCCUCAGUUUUACUGUUUGAAAAUGUGCAUGACAAUGUGAAUUCUGAAUAUUUAUGUGAAUGACUUCGUGAAGCAUAAAUGCUAAAAUUACAAUGUAACAUUUACGGUCUGCGAAACAAUUGCCUAUUUAUGAGACUUCUGCGGCUAAUUUGUCAACUUGUGGUAAAAUGUCUGAAUUAUUAAAGCAAUGGUUUUUACUCGCCCAAUCAAUAUAUGUUGUUGUAACUAACACAAUACUAAAGUAUUUAUAUUAUUUACAUGGAAUAAUUUUAAUAUAACUUGCAGUAUAUUUUAAUAUAUCUGCAACACAAGAAUACAGGCAGAGUUCUGCUGUCCUCCCAAAAAUGUAUUUUAUCAGAUUAAUAUGAAGAAUGUUCACUGUAUUGUGUAGGCCCAUGCGUAGUUAGUAUAAAUGAAUUGCAGGACUUAGUAUUUGAAAAAAAAUUAGUAACGUAAAUUGAAACGUAGUUUGAAUAAACAUGAGAUGGAAUCUGGAGUAGUAUGUUCUGUAUUAAUACAAUUGUAUUUCCCUAAAGUAAUUAACUGAAUAAAAUAAAGCAGUUCAAAGUUCCUGGAUAACAA